AUGGUCUCAGAUGAGGAACGUCAUUCUGAUAGGCAGGUUAGUUUCUCUUUCAAAGAGGUGGACCGCAUUACUAAAACCAUGACGAGAGGAAAGUCACCGGGACAUGAUGGUCUAAGUAUUGAGCAUUUUCUACACGCUGGAGCGCACCUGCCCCGUGUGCCUAAGAUGCUCUUUAACCUGUGUAUUAGUCAUUGCUACCUUCCUAACAACCUUAUGAAAACAAUUGUUGUGCCCAUUGUAAAAAAUAAAACGGGGGAUGUCUCCGAUAAAUCCAAUUACAGACCGUUAUCGUUGGCAACUGUAGUGGCUAAAGUGUUGGAUGAACUGCUGGGCGGGGUGUUAAAGAAGCACAUUAUAAUCCAGGAGGAGUUUGGCUUUAAACCUAAUUUGUCUACAGAAAGUGCUAUUUUUGCUUGA